GCACGUUUGUUUUGAUUUUGAUUUUGUUGGCGCAGGAAAACCCCCUUUAAAAUGGCAAAAACCAAGCGAAAUGUGAGGGCCAAGGCGAAGAGCGUGGUGGGGGCGGCCAAGCAGAAGGCGCAGGAGGUGCAGGCAAAGCUGCGCCAGGAUCGGUUGCUCCACAAGACCCUGACGCCCAAGAAGACGACCACCAAGAAGGAGAAAUCGGAGGCGAAACACAAGAAGCUCCUCAAACGCUUCGCCGACACGCGAAAGGAGCGCAAGGAGGAGCAGGCGCGCAAGAAUCGGGAGAAGACCAGGGUUAUUGGGGAUCUGAAGCCACUUCGGGAUGCACUGCCCUCCCUGCAGGACAUCUACAACCUGGUGAAGACCAGGCAAAAGGAUGCCACCGCCGAACAGGCAGUCCUCACCGAACCGGAGGCUCCUCUGACUGCCAACGAGAAGAUCCGCAAGAAGCGCACCGAUAUGGUCAGCCGCGUCAAGUCCUUCGAGAAGCUCAUCAAGGACAAAAACUUCAAGAAGAAUCCCCGCGAAGUCAUCGCCUCCCAUGUGCGAAACAAAUACCAGGCGAUGGAGGAGGAUGACGAUGAAUAG